UGGAAAAAGGUGAACUGGCUGACCGCAGGAAUCAAUGCAUCGUCAUGCAAACCGCCUUGCUGGAUGGUUCGCCCUGUGGCUAUGGGGGACACUGCUACAACGCCGAAUGUCAGACGGGAUCCUGGCAGUCGGUAGCUGGAUCGUGGUAUAGGGAGAACCUGCAGAUUUCGAUUCCCGUGACGGUGGUGGUUGGCCUCAUUGUCCUCGCUAUCCUCUUCGCCAUCAUCCGCUGCAUGCUGAGGAGCUGUAGCAGGCGCCGCUCACCCCAACCCCUCCCACCUCAACGCGCCUCGAUGCGUCAAAGCGUCUACGCGCCGACUUCUGGCCCUUUCUCAAGUCAAGAACCCCUCGCUCCCACUCGUCACAGUGGCCACUUUCCCCCUCCGCCUCAGCAUCCUUCCCAAUGGCAGCGACCUCCAUCCAAUCAUUAUGGAAUAUCGCAGCCGCCACCAUCAUCACCGCCACAAAGAUACUCCGGUCAAAGCACGUGGGUGGAUCCAAGCUCCUAUAAUGGACCUCAUUACGGAGUCAACGAAGCAUAUGGUCGAUAGAACAGUUGUAGCAACAAGAAUGUUAUUGUCAUGACGCCAGCUUGGCAGUAGGAUGGCUCCCGGACCGUGAGAUCCGAUGAUCAGGUACUUCAUUACUUGUAGGGAAAGAGAGAGAGAGUACCUUGAUCGUGAAAUUGCACCGGUUCGGUGCAAUUCAUUCGACCGUCCUUGGCACCUUUUUUACUGUACUCUUUUUCGCCACUUUGGCUUGGCUGGCGGGUGUGUGGCAUUUGUGACCCGGUACUCGACCCGGACCGCUGGACCGGUUGGGAAGGCGCUUUAUAGGGGUUCAGCGCUGCUUGGCAAGGGGGGGAGGGGGAGGGGGCUUUGUAUGCAUAGACGUC